AUGAAUAAUGAGAACACGCCGACUACUAUGGGACCAAAUACUAUCUUAAUUGGGAAUCAAUCUAGUGGAGAGGGAGGAGACAAAACAGAACGGCCUCUGGAGAUGGCAGCUGGAAAAGGAAACACGCAACGAAGGCUACAACUGGAGCAUAAGGAAAAUGGAGGAAGAACAUGGGCAAAUAUGGUAGAGGGAAAUAAAUUGGCUACUAAGGGAAUGGAGCUUCGAUUUGUUCCACCAACAAUAAUAAAUGGGGAGAAGGUUGCAGAAUUAACACAGACAGAUGUGAAAACUGAGAAUGAGAAAUGGAAGUUUGCGUUAAUUGGGUAUAUGGUUGGAGGCACACCUACAAUUGCAGCAAUGGAAAGGUAUGUUGCAGCUCAAGGGAACUUUGAGACUAAACCAAAAAUAUAUUAUCACAAUGCAGGAUACUUUGUGAUAAAUUUCAGUUCUGAGGAAGACAAGAGUCAAUUGCUAUGUGUAGGUCCUCAUAUGAUGAACAAUAGGCCGAUAAAUUUGAAGCCUUGGACCAGUGAUUUUAAUUUUGAUGAGGAAGAAUUGAAAACUAUUCCAAUUUGGGUGAAACUACCAAACCUUCCAUUAAGCUGUUGGAGUCCUAUAGCUUUGAGCAAAAUUGGAAGUGGGCUGGGUCUACCUUUGUAUGCAGAUAAUUGUACUACUAAUUCAACCAGAAUUUCCUAUGCUAGGAUACUUGUGGAAAUAGAUGUUACAAGAGAAUUGCCAAACAGUGUUAAGGUGAAGGAUCCGCAAGGAAGGAUGUUUGAACAAGCAUUAUGGUAUGAUUGGAAGUUGAUAUCUUGUCCUAAAUGCUUACAAAUAGGACACAAAUGUCAAACAGAAAAGCAAAACCAGAAUGAGAAUAAGCCAGGGCCACAACAGAGGAUGAAACAGCAUCAACAGAAAACAGAAUGGAAGAUUGUUGGAAACAUAGACAAUAACAAGAGUUUGCAGAUCAAUGAAACAGAAAAAGCAAUUCAGCAGGAAAUGAUACAGCAAGGAGUUGAUGAUGAUGAUGGAGAUUGGAGAGAAGUGAGGGGACGAUCAGCAGCAAAAAAUCCACACAUUCCUCAGAAUGGUAGCCAUAUAACAGUGUUGAAUGGUUUCAAGAUGCUAGUUGAAGGAGGAAAACCUGGGGGACAAAGCUCAAAGCAACAUAUUCAGACUAGUCCAGGGACAUGUGGAGAGACAGGGGAAACGGGAAUGACCAUCAUCCUCAAAUAUGCUAAUAGUUACCUGGAAUGUGAGGGGUUUCAAUAA